AUGUGGCAGCACUUGGCAAGGUACCAUCUACUUCAAUAUAUUAACUACCUUUCUGUUAUUUUUUUAAAGCAAUGGGCCACAUUUGCUCGAUCCUGGUUUCUUUUAGAUGCGAAGAUGCAACCACCAGGAAAAAUUGCAGCCAUCACUGCCAUCAGACUUCAGGGGAAACAUAAGCCUGUGUAUCAUGCUUUAAGUGACCUUGGAGAUCAUGUUGUCAUAAUAAACACAAGACAUAUUGCUUUUUCUGGCAACAAAUGGGAGCAGAAGGUGUAUUCAUCACAUACUGGAUAUCCUGGUGGUUUCAAACAAGUGACAGCAGCUCAGUUGCAUCAGAGAGAUCCAACAGCAAUUGUAAAACUGGCUAUUUAUGGAAUGCUUCCCAAAAACCUUCACCGAAGGACCAUGAUGCAAAGACUACAUCUUUUUGCUGAUGAUGUUAUCCCUGAAGAAAUACGUAAGAAUCUUGUAGAGGAGCUUCCACAGCCUCGUAGGGUGCCCAAGAGGUUAGAUGAAUUCACACAGGAGGAAAUUGAUGCUUUCCCAAGGCUUUGGACUCCGCCUGAAGACUUUCGGCAAAGGUAGUGGGAGGAGUGUAACAAACUGGAAUGUGGCGCCUGCAUCCCUUCUCUCUUCAAGCUCCCAGCACUUUGCAGCCUGGCUAUUUGCAUAAAUGUUUAAUUUACCAGCUUUAAAUUGAAAUGUUUUUUCAGGUGUGGUCAGUAUUGUUUGGUAAAUAAAUAUCUAAAUCUGAGACUCAUA